AGACCAUGGAAAUAAGAAAUCAGUUUUCAGACGCCUGUCCCCAGGCUGAUCAUUAGGGGAUUUUCAGCGCUUGUCAUAAGGAGGAAGGUUGAAAUAUACAGCUAUUUGCUGCCUGUGAAGGAACUCAUUUACUUGGCUAAAGGUGCAAGUUGUAUCCCAGCAUGAAUCUGUUCUCGCACACACUGCUGGUUGGCACGGUGUUCCUUUUAACCCUUAAGGAGCUGACAGAGGCAUGCAGCUGCAUAUCAUUUCACCCACAGGAUCAAUUCUGUAGAGCAAGCGUAGUGAUUCAUGCAAAAGUAAUCAGCAAACGGUUUAUCCAACCAAAUCAUGAACGUGGUGAUGGUAAAGUCGUAUAUGGAAUCAAACUGAUCGAGGUGUUUAAAGGCAUUGACAAGAAUAAUAUAAUUGAUAGUGCGUACACCUCUUCUCAGUCUGCUUCGUGUGGUGUUGAGUUGAACGUCGGCAACCAGGUGGAAUAUUUACUAUCAGGCUACUUACAGGAAAACAAACUCGCCAUCAGUCUAUGUGGCCUUGCAAAACCUUGGAAUCAAGUGACAGCUUUCCAAAUAAAGGGUAUUAGAGGCUUUUAUCAAAUGGGAUGUGCCUGUAAGAUUACGACUUGUUAUUCAGAAUCUUGUGGUACCAGUGCACCAAACGAGUGCAUUUUGAACUUCUCGUUGUAUGAAACUGGUCCAAAUGGAUUCGAAUCACAAAACCUUGCAUGUAUCCAACGGAAAGAUGACUCCUGCAUGUGGUAUCCAACUUCACCAUCCUACACAAAUCAUCCUUAGUCAUUCAACAUUUCCAACAAAACAGAUUCAGUUGGUUCUACCAAUCAGCAUGAGGCUGUGGAACACACGACACAAUGAAUUGCACAAACAUGUAAUCUGUAAUUGUCAGGGUUGGCUUUGGGUGGAACAGUAUGUUCAGGAGCUUUGUUCAAGGGUAAGCUUACCCAGAACUAGUAUUUCAUGAGUAAAUGGGUACAGGAGGCAAAAAUUCCUCACUAGCUUUUUAUAUUUCUCCUAUAUGUAUUUAAGGCCUAAGGUUUUCCCGCUUGAGUGUAGUAGAAGCUUGUCAACAUUGCAGAUGAACACUGGAUCUUGACUGGUGUAAAGCAUUUAUGUGUGUGUGGGGAGGUGUAAACGCAUCAUCUUUUCUGAAGUAUAUAGCAAAACUUAAUUUAACUAACCUUCUAAAGCAGUGGGUGGGGACUGGUAGCCUUUUAAACAGCUACAGUAUCAACAACUACCCAAUACAUAUGUAAAGAUGGACAUUGUGAUUUGCAUGUUUGCUUACUGGUCAGCAGUAAGCUACUUAAAGUGGCUUGAUAAAGUGAAGAUUUGUUAUGUUAUAGGGGACAUUUAGAAAUGGUUAUUAUGUCUAAGCAGUAACCUGAAAAGUGUACAUUUUGCCUUGAAUUUCUCUUGUGCCUACAGCCUCAAACCUGUAUAUCUGCAUUGUGAGAUCUAAGGCACUGAUGCCUCUGUCUAACAGUAUCUGGGGAUUUGGUGUGGGAUUUAGUGAUGUCAUUACUAUGCUGCCCACUGCUCUCCUUGCUGGAGGCUCUGACAUUUGGAAGCAAGACUCUGUACCUCUAAGAACACGGCCACCUUCACACAGAAACACAGAACAAGGCAGGGCAAGGCAUGGGGAAAAGACCAUAUGCAGGGUCCACGGGUAAUACCGAUGACUAGUACUUUGUCCUCCGUUUGCUUUUUUGCCGCAACAUCUAGAGUUCUGUUUAAAGUAUAACUAAAAACUAAAGACAAAACUUUUUUUGUUUUGGAAAGAGAGCAGAGGGAUUAGUCAGCCAGACAAAUACCAGGGUACAAACAUACAUAAGAACAUACAUGUAAAAGACUUUCCAUAAUAUGUCAUACAGUCAAUGAGUCACGAAAAAGAGAUUAAAGCAGUGCAAUGGAAAGAUAAUGUGUACGGUACCCAAAAACACAGUACAAAAUAAUAAACUGGACCAGGGUGGGAGGUAACAGAACCUUUUAUGUGAUUCUGCAAUGAAAAACAGGACAGGGAAAGAAAAAACAGAAAAUAGAAAAAAACAGAGAA